GCUGCUGGAGGCAUGGGGUUGAGCCAGGAGAGAGCUGCUUUCUGCCGUGGGCCAGGGGUUUGCAGUGUGCCGGCCCGCUGCGUGGGAGUUUUCCUCCUGCUCCUGGGAAUCUGGGACACUUGUGCGCAAAGUGAAUUCCAAACUUCCUCGGUGUAUUUGUGGAAGACCGGUCCGUGGGGGAGAUGCAUGGGGGAUGAAUGUGGUCCAGGUGGCAUCCAGACACGAGCGGUGUGGUGCGCCCACGUGGAGGGCUGGACCACGCUGCCCACAAACUGCAAGCACCAGGAGAGGCCAGACAACCAGCAGAGCUGUUUUCGGGUCUGUGACUGGCACAAGGAGCUGUACGACUGGCAGAUUGGCAGCUGGAACCAGUGCCGGCCUGUUCUUUCCCGCAGCCAUGAGAAACCCCUGGAGUGCCACAGAGGGGAGGAAGGGAUCCAGACAAGGGAUAUCACCUGUAUCCAGAAGUCCAACGGGGUGCCAGCUGAGGAUGCAAUCUGUGAAUACUUUGAGCCCAAGCCCCGCCAGGAGCAGGCAUGUCUCAUCCCAUGCCGCCAGGACUGCAUCGUGGCAGAAUUUGCUCCCUGGUCAGAGUGCUCCAAGAGCUGUGGCAAUGGGCUCCAGCAUCGAACUCGGCACGUUGUGGCUCCACCACAGUUUGGUGGCUCCGCUUGUCCUAAUCUCACCGAGUUUCAGAUCUGCCAGUCUAGUCCCUGCACUGCUGAAGAAAGCCUCUACAGCCUAAACGUGGGACCCUGGAGCACGUGCUCAGUGCCCCAUUCCAGACAAGUAAGGCAAGCGAGGAAACGGGGGAAGAACAAAGACAAGGAAAAGGACCGAGAGAAGGCAGUCCGGGAUCCUGAGGCUCAUGAGUUAAUUAAGAAGAAGAGGAAUCGAAACAGGCAGAAUAGACAGGAAAACAAAUACUGGGACAUACAAAUUGGAUACCAAACCAGACAGGUCACAUGUACCCACAGAAAUGGGAAAACUACUGCUUUGAGCUUUUGCAAGCAAGACAAGUUUCCCAUCACGUUCCAAUCCUGUGUGAUCACGAAGGAAUGUCAGGUGUCAGAGUGGUCAGAAUGGACCCCCUGCUCCAAAACCUGCUUUGACAUGACAACCCCUAAAGGGAAUCGUACAAGAUCACGGACCAUUAAACAGCUCCCUAUUGGCAGUGAAAGUGAAUGCCCACAGCUAGAAGAAAUAGAGCAGUGUGUUACUCAAGGAGAUGGUGUAGCACCGUGCAUCACGUAUGGCUGGCGGACCACAGAGUGGACAGAAUGCCGCGUUGAUCCUCUCCUUAGCCAGCAGGACAAGAGGCGAGGGAAUCAGACAGCACUGUGUGGAGGUGGCAUCCAAACCCGAGAAAUAUACUGUGUGCAAGCUAAUGAAAACCUUCUCUCCUAUUUAAAUACCCUCAAGGAAAAAGAAGAAAGUCAGUCACAGAGCAAGUCGAAGGCUAGUGCUGCACCUCUGCUAUCCAUCACUUUUGAAAUAACAGCCUCAAGACCAGUGGACCGUAGGCUGUGUACAGGACCUCUUCCCAGCACCUCCCAGCUGUGCCACAUCCCCUGCCCUACAGAGUGUGAGACCUCAGCAUGGUCAGCCUGGGGACCGUGCACCUAUGAAAGCUGUGAUGACCCUCAGGCCAAGAAGGGUUUUAAACUAAGGAAACGGCGCAUCACUAACGAGCCCACGGGAGGAACGGGAAACUGCCCUCACCUGCUGGAAGCCAUCCCGUGUGAAGAGCCCUCCUGCUAUGACUGGAGAAUUGUGGGGCUGGAGGAGUGCAUUCCUGACAAUGAGAAGCCAUGUGGCCCUGGGACUCAGGUUCCUGUUGUCGUCUGCAUCAACAGUGAUGGAGAAGAGGUUGACAGACAGCUGUGUAGAGAUGCAAUCUACCCAAUCCCGGUUGUCUGCGAAGCUCCUUGCCCAAAGGACUGUGUGCUCAGCAUGUGGUCUUCAUGGUCCUCCUGCUCACACACCUGCUCCGGCAAAACCACAGAAGGGAAGCAGAUGCGUGCCCGCUCCAUUCUGGCAUAUGCAGGUGAAGGAGGAAUACAGUGCCCAAAUAGUAGUGCCCUACAGGAAACACGGAGCUGUAAUGAACACUCUUGCACUGUGUAUCAUUGGCAGACUGGCCCGUGGGGACAGUGCAUAGAGGAUACGUCUGUGUCUGCUUUCAACUCUUCUGCCAGCUGGAACGGGGAGGCCACCUGUUCCGUGGGGAUGCAGACAAGAAAGGUCAUCUGUGUGAGAGUCAACGUGGGACAAGUGGGUCCUAAAAAAUGCCCUGAGAGCCUCCGACCAGAAACAGUGAGGCCUUGUCUGCUUCCCUGUAGGAAAGACUGUAUUGUGACUCCGUUCAGUGAAUGGACAUUGUGUCCUUCUUCAUGUCAAGAAGGGGGUACCACAGUAAAGAAGCAGUCCCGGCACCGAGUCAUCAUCCAGCUCCCUGCCAACGGUGGUCGAGAGUGCCCAGAAUCCUUGUUUGAGGAAAAGGAGUGUGAAGCUUCUCCCAUCUGCCACAGCUACAGGUGGAAGACGCACAAGUGGCGCAGGUGCCAGCUGGUACCAUGGUACGUGCGCCAGGACAGUCCAGGAGCACAUGAGACUUGUGGACCUGGGCUACAAGCAAGAGCAAUUACAUGUCGCAGGCAAGACGGAGGGCAGGCUGACAUCAGUGAGUGCCUUAAAUACUCUGGCCCAUUACCACCCUUAACUCAGGAGUGCCAGAUUCCCUGCCAAGAUGACUGUCAGUUUACAAACUGGUCAAAAUUUUCAUCCUGUAAUGGGGACUGUGGAGGAGUCAGGACAAGAAAACGCACCCUUGUUGGAAAAAGUAAGAAAAGAGAUAAAUGCAAAAAUUCUCAGCUGUAUCCUCUGAUUGAGACUCAGUUUUGCCCAUGUGACAAGUACAGUGCUCAGCCUGUGGGAAACUGGUCAGACUGUAUUUUACCAGAGGGGAAGCCAGAAGUCUUGCUGGGCAUGAAGGUACAAGGAGACAUCAAGGAGUGUGGACAAGGCUAUCGCUACCAGGCCAUGGCCUGCUAUGACCAGAACAAUCGACUCGUGGAAACAUCUCGAUGCAACAGCCAUGGUUAUAUUGAGGAAGCCUGUAUUAUUCCAUGUCCCUCAGACUGCAAGCUCAGUGAGUGGUCCAACUGGUCUCGCUGUAGUAAAUCCUGUGGGAGUGGGGUAAAGGUUCGGUCUAAAUGGCUCCGUGAAAAGCCCUACAAUGGUGGAAGACCCUGUCCAAAGCUAGAUCAUGUCAAUCAGGCUCAGGUAUAUGAGGUGGUUCCCUGCCACAGUGACUGCAGCCAGUACGUGUGGGUCACUGAACCCUGGAGCAUCUGCAAAGUGACCAAUGUGGACUUAAAAGAGAACUGUGGAGAAGGUGUUCAGACGAGGAAAGUCAGGUGCAUGCUGAACACUGUGGAUGGUCCUUCAGACACUGUAGAGGAUUAUCUGUGUGAUCCUGAAGAGAUGCCACUUGGUGCUAGAAAAUGCACAUUACCUUGUCCUGAGGACUGUGUUAUGUCUGAAUGGGGACCAUGGUCUCGAUGUUCAUUGCCAUGCAAUGGAAGUAGCAUCCGUGAAAGGUCAGCUGAAUCCCUGAGACAACCAGAUGAUGGAAAGUCUUGUCCUGCUGCCAGUGAGACAGAAGUCUGCACUUUGAACAAAAACUGCUACCACUAUGACUACAACGUGACAGACUGGAGCACGUGCCAGCUCAGUGAGAAGGCUGUCUGUGGUAGUGGGACCAAGACACGGAUGCUCGAUUGUGUUCGCAGUGAUGGCAAAUCGGUUGACCUGAAGUACUGUGAAGAGCUUGGUUUGGAGAAGACAUGGCAAAUGAAUAUGUCCUGUGUGGUGGAAUGUCCUGUGAACUGUCAGCUCUCUGACUGGUCCCCUUGGUCUGAGUGCUCUCAAACAUGUGGCCUUACAGGUAAAAUGAUCAGAAGGAGGACCAUAAAUCAGCCAUUUCAGGGUGAUGGGAGACCUUGUCCCUCUCAGAUGGAACAAUUCAAACCCUGCCCAGUAAAACCUUGUUAUCGAUGGCAAUAUGGUCAAUGGUCUCCAUGCAAAGUAGAGGAUGCUCAAUGUGGAGAGGGAACGCGAGUGAGGAAUAUUUCCUGUGUGGUUUUUGAUGGAUCCAUUGAAGAUGUUGGCAAAGUAGUAGAUGAUGAAUUCUGUGGAGAAAUAGAGCCCAUUAUAGAUGGCAAUAAGAAGAUGAUACUUGAGGAAACCUGCACUGUCCCUUGUCCAGGGGAUUGUUACUUGAGAGAGUGGUCGGAAUGGAGCCUUUGCCAGCUAACCUGUGUUAAUGGUGAGGAUCUUGGCUUUGGAGGGAUACAAGUCCGAUCUCGGGCAGUGAUCAUUCAGGAUUUAGAGAAUCAACAUCUCUGUCCAGAACAGGCUUUGGAAACAAGACCAUGCAAUGAUGGCCAGUGCUAUGAAUACAAGUGGAUGGCUAGCCCAUGGAAGGGAUCUUCUCGAACCGUGUGGUGCCAAAGGUCAGAUGGUUUAAACGUCACAGGGGGCUGUUUAGUGAUGCGCCAACCAGAUGCUGACAGGUCAUGUAACCCACCCUGCAGUCAACCCCAUGCUUACUGCAGUGAGACUAGAACGUGCGGUUGUGAAGACGGAUACACUGAAGUGAUGUCCUCCGAUGGCACACUCGAGCAGUGCACUCUUAUCCCAGUGGUGGUGAUCCCCACCCUGGAGGACAAAAAGGGAGAUGUGAAAACCAGUCGAGCUGUGAACCCCACCCAGCCCUCCACUAACCAGUCAGGACGAGGAAGGACUUGGUUUCUACAGCCUUUUGGGCCAGAUGGGAGGCUGAAGACCUGGGUUUAUGGUGUAGCUGCUGGUGCAUUUGUUUUACUCAUCUUUAUUGUUUCUAUGAUCUAUCUAGCCUGCAAAAAGCCAAAGAAGCCCCAGAGAAGGCAGAACAACCGACUGAAACCUUUAACCUUGGCUUAUGAUGGAGAUGCAGAUAUGUAA